GCCAACAAUUAGUUGUAUCGUUUCACUGCCGCACGAAACAUGCACCAACUCAUCGCCGCGAAAUAAAUACAAAAUUUGGACACACAGCUAGUCCAUCAAUUCAUAUUAGCGCACAAAUCUGUCCUUCGCCAUACCAGGGUAGGACUAGCGUACUGAAGACUUUAAAGAGUGCUCAAAUUAGCUACAAUACACGUCAACUGCCGCGUUGCGUGGGAAGGCUCUUGGAAGAAUUCGUGUGUAAUAUCAGUUUAAAUCCCUACAAAAGAGCUGAAUUCGUAAUGGCUAUCAAACCAGGAAUGGGAAGGAAGUCUUCCAACAAAAAUCCCCCGUUCUUCAGCCAUGAGUUUGUAAUUCAAAAUCAUGCCGAUAUUGUGUCCUGCUUCGCAAUGAUCUUUGUGGUAGGAAUCAUGCUCCAGCCAACGCAAUCUGUAGCUAGUACCUUUAUUGCCUUACGCCAUAAUGUAUCCGGCGCCGAUCCUACCCAGGAGAAUCCAGCGGGUGAGCAGUAUUUGUAUACAUCUGGGUGGAAGGAUGCUUGCGCCGUAUUUUUCUACACUCUUAUUUGCAUAAUUAUGCACGCAAUCCUUCAAGAAUAUGUCCUGGAUAAAAUUUCCAAGAAACUUCAUUUGUCAAAGUUCAAGCUUUCACGGUUCAACGAGUCCGGUCAGCUGGUAGUUUUUUACGUAAUGUCCUUCCUAUGGGGCUUGGACUUGAUUGUCCGUGAACAAUACAUAGGAAAUUUGCAACGCUUGUGGGAAGGUUAUCCAGAACAUCCCAUGAUUUUCCUCCACAAACUGUUCUUCGUCAUUCAGCUCGCUUAUUACGCACACAUAUUGCCCGAGCUGUACUUUCAAAAAGUGAAGAGAGAUGAACAGAAACCUAAAAUUCAGCAUGCAGUUAGUGGAUUUUUGCUCAUUGGCGCUGCGUACUUCCUUGGAUUCCAACGCAUCACUCUGGUUUUACUGACACUACACUAUUUCUGCGAAUGUGUGUCACACUCGUUCCAGUUGGUUAACAUUUUCGAUAAGGAGGAAAAGUUUGCCAAAUUGCGCUUCUUUCAUAACGUAUUAUUCAUCUUGACGCGUUUUGCAACGAUGGUGCUGGCAUUCCUUACCCUGUUUUAUAGUAUCGAAAACAUUUCACAAGCUAAGCGAAUCUUGAUGCUCUCGAUGGUCUUUGGAUUGCAAGGAUACUUGAUUUUCGAUUUUAUUUCAAAUGUUCUCCGUUCAAAACGGGAAAAUUCCUCAGAUGAACGGCCGAAGGUUGCAGCUACAACAAAUAAGACUGAAAAACCCAAGAAACAAAAGAAGAAAGAAAGUGAUCUACCAGAAGUUGAUCAAAAUUCAGCACAAUCUUCACUGACAGUCAGUGUUGACAAACAACGAAAAAUGAAGGUAAAGUGAAAUAAUUACUACAUACAAUUAUUAUUUUUUCUUCGCUCGUUUGAUUUCCUUCAAUAAAUGCACCACGCAGCAAUA